GAGACAAGAAUAUGGCUGAAUGAGUGAGUAGUACUGUAUUAUUGUUGCUAUGCUUUGUAGUGAAUGUAUGUAUUGAAUGAUAUUAUGAUUCAUACAAUAGUUGUAUACUAUUAUUGCAAUCAUUUGUUUACCUCUUUGUUGAUCACUUUGUCUGAACCGAUAUGAAUCAAAUUGUCAGCCAUUGAUGACAAUUGCCAAUAAUGUCAGAAUCAAGUCCAUCGCAGCCGUCGGUCAUGUAUGAUAUAAUGUCGAGCCAUAAGAAACAUAAGUUGAUGGCCAUCAGCAAUGGUCACAACGGUCACAAUGGCCAAUCCGGUCAUAGUAAUGGUCAUAAUGGACAUAAUGGCCACAAACACUUUGCCGGUUCUCGAUUUAUGGAAGCGCCCGACCCGUCAUCAUUGCCUCGACCACCACUAGAGUGGCUCAAACAUGACUUGACUGUAACCACAGAUAUAACAACAGAGUCCUCAUCAGUGACAACAAUAGUCAACAGAUAACAUAUACAUGUUUUAUACAAAGUUUUAUCAAAUAUGUUUGUGACCCGACUCACCAUUUUGUUUAUAUUUGCAUUUCAUAACCUAUUUUAGGUGAUCUUAUUAUACAUUGUCUUAUUUUAGGCUAUUUUACAGAUGCAUUCAUCAAAUAAAUGAUCAUUUUAUUG